AUGGCCCUGUGCUCGGAAAGGGCUGUGCCAGCAGCCGAGCGCAGCAGGAAGGACCCGCUCGGAGGCCRGGACGUAGCAAAACCACAGAAAAGGGGAAGCAUUCAAAUAACCUUGCCCAGCGCCACCGGCCGGGCCGGCUCCCGAGGCUCCCCGGGCACACGCAGCCGCGYGGGCGCACGCUGCCGGGACGCGCCGUGGAACCUUCCCUGCUCCGCAUCAAUGCUGACAUGGCCACCGCGGAGCCUGCCCAGUAUGAAGGUGCUAAUCACCACUGGGUUAUUCUUAACCGUGCUCUGGAACCUCAAGUACGUUCUGAACUUGUCUGACGUCUUCAGUAGAGCUCCCAAGCACACUAAGCCGCUGAUGAUCCUGGUCUGGGAAUGGCCCUCCAAGCAGGCUCCAAACAUCAGCAUGGAUGUUUGCAGAGACCUCUACAACAUCAUGGGCUGCUGGCUUACCAUGGAUCGCAGGCUCCUCAGUCAGGCAGAUGUGGUGGUGUUCCACCAUCACACGCUCCAGCAGAGCAGGCACAAGCUCCCAAAGGAGAAGCCUCCUGGGCAGAACUGGCUGUGGGUCUCCCUGGAGUCCCCCACAAACACUAAAGCUUUAGCAGGAUGGAAACAAACCUUCAACUGGGUCAUGACCUACAGACAAGACUCAGACAUCUUCAUGCCCUAUGGCAAGCUUGUGCCCAACCAGUCAGCUGCAGUGAACAUUCCCAAAAAGACUAGAUUGGUGUCCUGGGUCAUUAGUAAUUAUCAUAGGACUCAGAAAAGAGCAGAAGUCUACAGAAACCUCUCCAGGUACCUCCACGUGGAYAUAUAUGGGAGGGCAAGCAAAAGGCCACUUUGCAAGGACUGCCUCUUGCCAACAACAUCCAAGUCCAAGUUCUACCUUGCCUUUGAGAACUCCAUCCACCAGGACUACAUCACCGAGAAGGUCUGGAGGAACUCUCUGAUGGCUGGCACUGUGCCGGUGGUGCUGGGCCCACCCCGGGCCAACUAUGAGCAGUUUGUUCCUGCAGACUCUUUCAUCCACGUGGACGACUUUCAGUCCCUGGCAGAGCUGGCCACCUUCCUAAAGACCAUGAAUGCCAGCCGGUACCGGCAAUUCUUUGCGUGGCAGAAGAGGUACAGCGUGAAGCUCUACACGGACUGGAGGGAGCGCAUCUGUAUGAUUUGCACCAAGUACCCCAGCCUGCCMCAGGGCCACAUCUAUCCUGAUCUGGAGAGCUGGUUCAAAGCCUAGCACAGGACUGGCAUGUGCUGAGGACACUUAGCGUUGAGACAAYAUGGAUGUGGGGAAGAGUGGGGCAACCUCCUGUGAACCAGGUCA